UAUACCGAUAUGCUAUCGGCAGCCGCAAAAAACAGCUGUUUUAGUACAAAUAAAAUAAAUAAAAAUGCUGCGACAGCGAAGCUGUAUACUUAAAGGAUUGCUUAAACAUAGGAAACAUUUUUGUACAGUUCAAGCUGAUCCACACAGGGAUAUCUUUGAUGUAGUUGUCAUCGGUGGUGGACAUGCUGGAACGGAGGCAUCUGCAGCAGCGGCCCGCAUGGGUGCACGCACGCUACUGCUGACACAUAAGCUGGAAACGAUUGGCGAAAUGUCGUGCAAUCCUUCGUUUGGGGGCAUAGGAAAAGGACAUUUAAUGCGCGAAAUCGACGCGUUAGAUGGUCUUUGUGCUCGUUGCUGUGACUUGUCAGGAGUUCAUUACAAAGUACUAAACAAGCGUCGCGGUCCAGCAGUUUGGGGACCAAGAGCCCAGAUUGACCGACAGCUGUAUAAGAAGACGGUACAGCAUGAAAUGUUCAACACCGUCAACUUGGAGAUACGCGCAGCAGCUGUAGAUAACCUAUUGAUUGAAAAGGAUGAAAAUAGUGCCAGUGGCACACGCUGUGCAGGAGUAAUACUUGCUAAUGGAGAUACGGUGUUCAGCAAAUCUGUGGUACUCACUACAGGCACGUUCUUGCGUGCACAUAUUAACAUCGGUUUGGAUGUACGGCCAGCAGGACGUAUAGGUGAUGCACCUGCCAAAGCACUCGGCGAGGCUAUUGACCGUCUGGGCUUCCGCAUGGGUCGACUUAAGACUGGUACACCGCCUCGCAUUGCAAAGUCUAGUGUGGACUAUAAGCAGAUGGAAACGCACGAUGGUGACAUUCCGCCUGUGCCUUUCUCAUUUAUGAACCAAGAUGUUUGGCUGCCCGCCUCAGAGCAAUUACCUUGUCACCUGACCUAUACAACUCCGCAAGUCAACGAGAUUGUGCGCAACAACCUGCAUGUAAAUCGUCAUGUUACGGAGGAAAUUACUGGUCCGCGCUACUGCCCUUCAAUUGAGUCAAAAGUGCUGCGCUUUGGAGAAAGAACACACCAAGUAUGGAUUGAGCCAGAGGGCUUUGACAGCACGUUGUGUUAUCCCCAGGGAAUCUCGUGUACUUUACCACUGCCGCAACAAGUUGAAUUGGUUCAUGCUAUUAAAGGCUUGGAGAACGCCGAAAUUGUUCAGCCUGGUUAUGGAGUUGAGUACGAUUUCAUAGAUCCCAGGGAGCUGUAUGCCACGCUGGAGACAAAACGUGUGGCUGGACUAUAUUUUGCCGGUCAAAUUAACGGUACCACAGGCUAUGAAGAGGCAGCUGCUCAAGGUAUAAUUGCAGGAGCCAAUGCUGCUGGCAAGUCAUAUCAUCCAGAUGGCCGGCAAAUGAAUAUUAGUCGUACUGAAGGCUAUAUUGGCGUGCUAAUCGAUGAUCUGACUUCACUGGGCACCAAUGAGCCCUAUCGUAUGUUUACCAGUCGGGCGGAGUUCCGUUUGUCGUUACGUCCGGAUAAUGCCGACAUGCGUCUUACGAGAAAAGGCUAUGAGUUUGGUUUAGUGAGCUCAAAGCGAUACUCACACUUUGAACAAACGGAGCGCAAGUUAAAUGCCGGCAUCGAAGCUCUCAGAGGUCUGCAGAAGCACAGCAAUUACUGGAGACAGGCUCUCUCCUUGCCACAGGCAAAGGCUUCAGUGCAGAAAUCUGCUUUUGAUAUGCUCGGUGUGCCGUCGGACAAUAUUACAAUAGAGCAAUUAAUCAAGCUAUGCCCUAAGGAACUAAGUUGGCUGCAGGAAGACCGCGAACUAGCGUCACGACUGAAAAUAGAGGCACUCUAUACACACUUUGUAGAUGAACAGCAGCGAGAUGUGGACGAUGUGCGUCGCGAAGAACGUCUAAGUAUUCCCGCUGGCAUUGACUACUUUUCCAAAUCACUAAGCUUGUCUAACGAAGAGAGACAAAAAUUGACAUUAAUACAGCCACAAACUAUUGCAGCCGCCAGUCGCAUUCAGGGUGUGACCCCCUCGACGAUUGUAAGAAUACUGAAGUAUGUUAAGAAGGGAGAUGUUACUGUUGCUCCAGCUUAAAGCUUAAGUAAUAGUAUUAAAGGGAGGCUAUUGUAAAUUUAAUAAAUAUGCUUGUUCGACUGUUAACAAAAAUCAUGCGCAUGGACUUAAAACUUGAUUCAAAUAGAGCACUAAGGAAAAUUUGUAAAACUAAUUUAGUUGUAACACGUGAUUAUAUUAUUAAAGAUUGUACGAGGGCCUAAAACAUAACUACCUCUUGAUAUAUAAUUUAUGUUUGCGAUACUUGCGAAGCCAAAAAUAUAACAUUAAGUGAAGGUUCUCUUAUGUAAAGUUUAUUUAAGAAAAUCAUAAAUGCCUUAUGCGAUGCUCCAAAAGAUUGUUUUGACUUUCUAUUUAAGUAGACGUCACAUUAAUUUCGCGGCUCUCUUAAUUGCAUAUUGUUUUCAUAGUUUUCUUUUCAUAGUUUUAUACAUUGAAUUCAUUUUAGAGUGUUUGCUUAGGUUGCUUGAAUUUUAAUUCGUAAACAAUUUAACGGUUUUGGUUAUUUUUGCUCAAAAUAUGAUGCAUUACGAUUUCUAUGUGGGAAUUCGUUUUUGUUUAACUUACAAAUUAUGUUUGUAUCAUAUAUUUUGUAUUAACUUCUGUUAUACACACACA